AGGUUCACUGCGGAGAAACUGGGCACACUGCUGAUCCAAGAGCCUUGGGUCUUUAAAGGAGAAAUAAAGGGCCUCAAGUCGGAGGCAAACAAGAGUUUCUGACGCAGGAUUUGGUGGCGGUGCAGGCUAGGGAUACUGACGGCAAAGACUUCGUCCUGGCCUCAGCAUACUUUCCAGGAGAGGCAGCAACGACACCCCCGGAGGCGGUGGAAAGGCUGGUAGAGCACUGCAGACUGCACAAGCUCCCCCUUAUCAUCGGUUGCGACGCGAACGCUCACCAUACGGAAUGGGGCAGCACCGACUGCAACGUGAGAGAUCAAUAUGGACGCCGAGAUGCCAAUUGUGCCUACGCCCACUGUGCGUUCCGCCGUCACGGUUCCGCGCCCCAGAGCUACCCCAGUAGCAGCGCCGCGAACAACCAUCGCUGCCGCACCUCCACGAAAAACUCAAUCGGCUCCGCGCAGUAACCCGCAAGCAAUAGCUCCGGAGCAGCCACAGCGUCAAUGCACGCUGUGCCGCCGACGACAUCGGUUGCCACACUGUAGAAUCUUCAAGGGGAUGACACCCUUGCAACGCCAGCAGAUCGCACAGGCACACGGCCAUUGCCUGAAUUACCUGGCGCCUACCCAUCUCCACCCGAAUGCGCGACCGGGCACCAGUGCCAGGUAUGCAUGCGGCACCAUCACACGAUGCUUCACCGCACCGCCGAACCCGACGUCGGGCGUCAUCAUGCCCCUCGCAGUCGUACUGCCAGCCGUCGGCCCCCGCGACCGCAACCGCGAAGGCCGGCAUUACCAUUGGGGGACUCACACUUCGAUCUUCACAAGCCGCGCAUCAACAUUCACGCAUUAAAAUUCGCAAUCAAUAAUUCGUCCUAGACAAUUGAACAUUAACUUCGUCUACGCAAUUGGCUUCUCAACUUUCGAUUAUAUAAAUCCUGCGCCGCGUCAACACUACCUUUUUUUCUCCGAUCCACCCGCACCGACUUA